AUGCAGCAUUUGUUACAAGCUAGCCCCAUACUGGAUAGAUUGAAACAUAUCCAGCAAGUGUUGUCAUAUAAGAUACAGCUGACAACUUCACAAAAGGUUGUACUUUGGAGCUUAGGAGUAGUGGGCACAAGUGCGGUAGUUGUUGGAGUUCUGUCACGGUAUUUGGCUAGACGUCGGGCAAAGCCUAUAUUUAAUCCUAGAAUUCAAAGAGCAAUCAACAAAAGGUUGUCUAGAAUGAGGAGUCCUAAUGGAGGAAUGGGAUCAGUUGCAAGCAGUGGUGGUAGGAGCAGCCCUCUUGGAUUUAGUGAGAGGCUCUCAAUGGCAUCUGGUUCUAUUGGCUCCGGUGGUGGUGAUGCUGCGCCUCUCUCUCCACAGCAACUUGGUGUAAUGGGUAAGUCAACAAAAUGUUUUUUAUAUUUACUGCCAUCUUGUGACCAAAAGCCGAACCCUUUACUUGGUUGUGUUAUCACUUUCAAAUUUUAUUCAGCUUGGUCAUUUAUAUCUCAUGACGUCACAUUUGAAGAAGUACCUUACUCAUCAUAG